CAAGAACAUUCAUGAGGACCGUUUCCCCUUGUCUCUGCCUGGUUUAAAAUAGGAACCACUUUGAUCAAUGGCGAACGCAAGUUCCAACAUAUCAUGCUUGGAAACCUCCAUCGCCACCACAGUCAUCCUUCCGAUCCUCUACUUCAUCAUUCUCAUCACAUGCCUGCCAGGCAAUGCCCUGUCUCUCUGGAUAUUUCUGAAGAAGAUCUCAUUAAAAACCCCCACCCAUUUCUAUCUGACCAACCUGGUCGUUUCUAAUUUGCUCUUCUGCAUGACCAUUCCCUUCUUGUUUCUUUAUUAUGCCAAAGGAUACUUGUGGAAAACGGACAUGGUGAUCUGUCAAUUCACUGUCGGGAUCGUGACCCCUGUUCUGUACAUCAAUAUCUACAUCAGCAUUGUCCUACUGAGCUGGAUUGCCAUCAGCCGCUACGCAAUACUAAUUAAGCAUAACGAAAAGUCUUGCCACUGCUACCCUUCUGUUUUGAGAAGGCUUUUACUGUCUAGCUUCCUGAAAGGUUUCCGGCAAUUAAAGUUUGCCAAAAUCCUGUGUCUUUCAGUGUGGAUCAUUGUGGUUGGCGGGACAGUCCCACUGGCAGCAUACUAUUCCAUCACUGAAGUUGGAACAGAGAACACUGAAGCCUGCUAUGGUAAGCAGGUGGAAACUGGAGGGAAAACCUCUCAAUUGGGUAGUCUCUUCGCCAUCAGCCUCUCCUUCAUCUGCUUUCUGGUGGUUUUUGUGUUGUACGUGUCUAUAGCGAGACAUGUUUACAACCUACAGAAAAGUGCAGCUAUCCCAGCAAGACAUCGGGUUUACAACAAGGUUUUCAGGAAUGUUCUGGUCAUUCAGGUAGUGCUAUUCGUCUGUUUCCUACCACACCACAUCUUCAAGGCUGUGUUUGUUAGCCUGAUGGGGACCUGUGCCUGUGACAAGCUCACAACCUUGGUGGAAGUGAAAAACAUUCUCCUGUGCCUUGCAGCAUUCAGAAGCAGCCUGGAUCCCCUCACAUACUUGCUGUUGGAUAAGAAAUUUCGAAGGCACCUCAGUAACGCUCUGGCUAGUUCCCAGACAGCUCAGCCCUCAAAUUCCAUGUUAAUAUACAAACUGGAACACCGCACAGACUUUUCACAAAUCACAGCGCAGGCUAAAAAAUGUACAGAGACUCCAAAAGAAGAACAGCCCUUACAGUUCAGACACACAAGUAUAGAGACACAAAUGCAUGCUUCAUAUUUAUGAAAAAUCUUUGGGUAGAUUAUUGUGCACCGCGGGCAUUAAUAUUUAAAGGCAGUAUAGGUGCCAGAAAAUGGGAUCUCUCUCUAGACAGAGAGCUUUGUACAGCACAGCACAUCUGCAUUGUCCAGUUCAAAGAAGUCUAAGUGGGGUCUGUUUAUAGGUUGUAAA